AACUCUGCCGGCAGCCACAGCUGUUUGGCGAUGUGAUAACAAUUAUAAUUUUUUUUAUUUUGGAACACACGGCUUAAAAAAACAAGUUAUUUAACAGUUUCGCUGUAUGAAACACGAUAGAUAACGUGCACAUAAAUCAUGUCGAUGCUACCCAAUGCUGAACCCAAGGCCGCAGAAGCCAGCAAACCGCAUUUAAUAGAGACCGCCGAGUUAGAUAGGAUGGCUAUGCAUUUUGUGGGCAACCUGAACAGAUAUCGUGAGAAUAUCGUAAUUCCUAAGAACAAUGGGCCGGUGCAAAUCAAAACAAAUGAGCAAAAACUCAUUGAAACCGCCGUGGAAAGUUGUGCAUUCAAAAGUGCAAUGGCCUGUGUGAUGGGCUAUGGCUUGGGCGCUGCUUUGGGUCUGUUUACGGCUUCUGUGAAUCCUAACAUGGCUGAUCCCUUUGCCAAUGAGAAGAAGCAGACGGCACGCGAAGUCUUUCGCGAAAUGCGUUCCACAACACAUUCGUAUGCCAAGAAUUUUGCCUUGAUUGGCGCUGUCUUUUCCAUAGUUGAGUGUACCAUCGAGAGCCAACGUGGCGUUACUGAUUGGCGCAAUGGCACCUACGCUGGUGGCAUCACAGGCGGCUUGAUUGGACUGCGAGCUGGCAUCAAGGCUGGCGUCAUUGGCGGCUUGGGAUUUGCGGCAUUCUCCACGGCCAUUGAUUACUAUAUGCAUAAUAGAUAGUUACAUAUAUUGUUGUGUAUAAAUGUUUGUUCUUAAUUACCAA